AUGCAAGUGAAUGCUGGAAAGAUGAUUGGACCAGACCCAGGAAUUCAAGUCGGAGAUGAGUUUCAGUACAAGUCAGAACUGAGCUUGAUCGGUCUCCAUUUCGAUCUCAUGGGUGGGAUUGAUUACAUGGACAGAGGAGACAUGAAACUUGCUACAAGCAUUGUCUCAUCUGAAGGCAAUGGUUACAUCGACAUAUUCGACUCUCAUGUCAUGAUUUACUCUGGUCAAGGAGGUAACCUGAAGAGCAAAGAUCAUCAUGUCAUCGAAGAUCAGAAGCUUGUUACAGGAAAUUGGCUUUAUCUAAUUGCAUCAAGGCAAAGACUCCAGUGA